AUGGAUGGAGGACCACAUCCACGGAAUAUCGCCUCGACGUCUACUCCUGCAACUCCUGUCCGUCGUCAUUCGCAGCAAAUAUUAAUCACACCGUCCAUGGUCAAGAAGCGCCGGAAACCACGAGGAAGCAACGCAUUUCAUCUUCCAGGUCCUCCUCCAGUUCUAGUACUUCCGGAAAAAAUUCAUCAGUGGCAACGCUGGUCAAACGAAGUGAUUCCUUCGCUAAUCGGUCCAUACCUCACAUAUCAAUACAAAUCUUCUUCGCUCCGUCAUCGGCCUGCACUUCAAAAUGAUCCUGUCGAUUGGGGCUAUUUGCAUGUGCAACCCAUAGCUCCAUCUCUUGCUGUUGACCUACGUGUACUAGAGCUCGUUAGGACUCUUUUUGUACGGAUCACCCCCAAUACAACAGCCUGGUGUGAAGCAUUGGAAGUUUUUCUAACAGCUCGGGGUUACAAACUUUCUACCAAGGACAAUCUUCGCCGCCGCUUCAGUAACGCGUAUCAUUGGUACUCAGUCCUUGUGAUGAAUGCUGGAGACCACGUAUACAGCCUCAUUUCACAACAUCUUCCUUCGCGUUCUUUGGGGGACGAAGUCUUGCCCGCACAACCAAGCGAUUAUCUCCGUUCAUGUUGUCCAGUUUGUUUUGGAAUGCAGGAUUGGCAAAAGGAUCACGGUUCGCGUCUCAAGCUAGAUUGCCAUGUAUGCAUCGAUGCAUGCUUCACACAGAAACGGUCAGCCAAUUCACGUGGGGCCGAUGGCCUAGAUCCGCCAAACCCAACACGAUCAGUUUUCAUUUCGGACGAAGAGGUCGCACGGAUGGAAGCUCACGUACUUGCCUGUCGAGGCUCCCUACCUGGUCGUGGAACAAAACGCAAGAAGCCGGAAGGCGACGAAGACGGGUACGAAGAUGGUAUGCGCAUCCCUGUAUCGACAUUGGAUGCCUGCAGGGAAUCUUUUCUUGCUGCCGACGAAAAACGAGAGAAAGCUAGCACCCGUUUCUUCGCCGAUACAGGAAUCAUGGCCUUACUUUGUCGUCAUGAUUGUGUCUUAUGGUUGGUCAAUAUGACAUCAGCAGGUGAAAAACAAUAUUAUGCGCUUGCACUUAUUAAAAAGCUCUUCGAACAUCUUCCGCCAACCAUGACCGUUGGUAUCUUGUAUGAUAUUGCAUGUCAGCUCGAGCGUAGUUGUCUUAAAUACCAACUUCUCGAGCAAGGUAUUCUCUCACGUAUCGUCUUUUCUAUAUCCGUAUUUCACGCGUACAGACAUCAGUGGCCUUGUCAGCUUAUUUAUCACCCUCGCAAAUGUGAAGGGUUUGGACUUUCUGACGGAGAGGGCUGUGAGCGCCUGUGGAGCACUCUCAAGAUGUUGAUCCCCCCCUUGCGGGUCUCUGGGUACCACCAACGGCUUUUUGUGCUGAAUGCGCAAGUUCGGCAUCUUGACGGCAAAAAUCUCGAUACAUUUGGCGAGUGGCUGAGUCGCAGAUGGACUCGUUGCCAGACAAAGAAGAGCAGUGCAGAACAUGCGCUUCGACAACUCUCUGUAGAUGAAGCUAAUAUACGCCCGGAAUGGAGGGCUCAGGUCGAGCACCAAACGAAACCAUUAUCCAAAAGGGAGAUCAAAACCAACAAUGACGAGCAAAUAUCGAAGAUUUUGACCCUCGAGCGAACACUCAGUAACCUGGACGAUUCCGUUCGUGCUCUUGAGAUGCAGCUCUGUGCUGGCAACACUCUUAACAAUGUUGACUUCAACCUUCGACUUGCAGACGAACGCACCCACCGGUCCAAAGUUGCUGAUACUCUGCGACGAUGGAAGGCAUCCCUUGGCAUCGGGCAACUUAACGAUCUUCAACAACUCCGACGUAGUAUAUUCCUUCAAAUUCGUCUUGAUGCGCAAGCUGUCAAGGCACGCCUUCGUGAACGUCUGCGCCAGCGCAAAUUUGAAAUUGAGAGGUUUGAAUGGUCAUACCGUCAGACAGUAAAUGAGCACAAGCUUCAUGUGCAUGCAGAAGCUUCAAUUCAACGGCGCAACCCUACCAUACGAAAGCUCGUCACAACUAACAACAACCUCUGUGGUAAACUAAUUGACUUAAUUCGACGAGGCGAGGCUCCUGCCGGUGCGAUAGCGCCUCAUUCUAUCUCUCCGACUGAUGAUGACAUCUGGCAAGAUGUUGGACUUGAUGGCAAUGACAUGGCCCCACCUGCCUGGCUAGCGGAUGAAAAUAUGUGCGCAGCAAUUAAGUUUCAACUUGAGGUAGACCGGUGCAAUGAGGAAAGGGCUCGUAUCAUGCGAGAACGUUGUGUUCUCCAGGAGUGGAUGAUGGCUGAGUGGGAUGCCUUGCAGGAGGCUCGCACUCGUGCAGGUAAGUUUGUACAACAUUCUACUGCCAUGACACUGAUAGUAUAUUUAGAAGAAAAUGAAGAUCUCUGCUUUCAUUUCGACCUCUGUGCUCGCUUGUUGAGUGGUCUUGUUGUGCAUUGGCAAUCUCGAGUUCGUCCUAUCCCUUGUGCUUGGCCAUUGCCUGACUCAUGGGGCCCCACCCCGAAUGACCUUGCUGAGGCUGCUAAUAUGUAUUAUCAACCAAGCUGUCUUGAUGGCACAGCUGCUGUGUAUGAUUCUGAGAAUGACUGGGAGUCUGAUGAGGAGAGGGAGAAUGAUGAAUUGAUAGAUGAAUUGGAGGAAGCUGCAUUGGCUGGAGCAUAUAUAGAUCUUGACUCGGAUUCAUAUGAUAUAUAG